UCUCUCUCUCCCCUCUCUGCAUUUCCUCUCUGGUUGGUUUGGUACCCCUUAGGACAGCAUCAUGACAAGUCCUCUGGAAAAGGCUCUGGACGUGAUGGUGGCCACUUUCCACAAGUACUCUGGGAAGGAGGGAGACAAAUUUAAGCUCAACAAAACAGAGUUGAAGGAGCUGGUGACGCGGGAGCUCCCUAGCUUCUUGGGGAAAAAGACAGAUGAGGCUGCCUUUCAGAAGCUCAUGAGCAACCUAGACAACAACAGGGACAACGAGGUGGACUUCCAGGAGUACUCGGUCUUCUUGUCCUGUAUUGCCAUGAUGUGCAAUGAAUUCUUCGAGGGCUAUGCUGACAAGAUGCCCAGGAAGAAAUAAAGGGGAGCGGUGGUGAUGC